AUGUCUAUGGCGGAGGUUGACCUCGACCAGCUCUCGGAGAGCGAGAGAUCUGCAUUGGAGCAGUACACAAGUGUCACAGGUCAAGAGCUAGCAGAAGCAGUCCCUCUGCUGCGCCGGUCGCAAUGGAAUGUUCAGAUUGCCAUCUCUAAAUUCUUUGACGGGGAAGGCCCCGACCCGCUUGAAGAGGCUCGGGCAGCCAUGAACCAACCCGAACAACCAUUUCAGCCUGGGCCCGGGGUCAACUUGAUGAACGAAGAUCUACUUCAACAAGUGCGGCCUGUUAAUCGUGCCUCGGAUCCCGCUCCGCGAGUCGACACGCAACCCCAAAACCAACCUGUACACCGACCCCCAUUCAUCCUUUCCCUCCUCUUCGGCCCCUUCAAUCUUAUCUACCGAAUCCUCCUCAGCUCCUUUCGCCUCUUUGGGACUCUGUUUCCUUUCCUCCCACGACUCUUCCGCACAACUGCUAGCCCGGGUCUUCAAGGAGCUCGACAAAAUACCACGGGCCGCCGACCACUGGCACCGAAGGAUACUGCCGCUCGGUUUAUUCGAGAGUUUGAGGAAGAGUAUGGAUCGAAUCCCCUCCCAUUCCUCGAGAAUGGUUACAACAUGGCCCUGGAGAGGGCGCAUCGCGAUUUGAAGUUCCUAUUGGUGGUUCUGCUAUCGCCCGAGCACGAUGAUACGCACAGCUGGGUGCGCGAAACCCUAUUGUCGCAGGACGUGGUGGAGUUUGUCAAUCCCCCAAGCGAUAAUGGAAACGUGAUCGUCUGGGGUGGCAAUGUACGGGAUGCAGAGGCCUACCAAGUCGCCAACUCAUUACGAGUGACCAAGUUCCCCUUUACCGCGGUGAUUUGUCACACCCCGAACGUCUCCUCCACCGCCAUGUCGGUGGUGGCUCGGAUUGCCGGCCCUCUUUCAGUGUCUGAAUUCAAGCAGCGGUUAACGACUGCCGUGAACUCGCACCAAGGGCCACUCUCGCAGAUUCGUCAGGACCGCAGCCAACAACAGGCCUCCCGGAGCCUGCGCGAAGAGCAGGACUCGGCUUACGAGCGUUCACUCGCGAUUGACCGCGAACGUGCCCGUCUCCGCCGGGAAGCAGAGGCGACUCGUCAGCGGGAGGAGCAAGAAGCAGCGGAGCGCGAAGCUGCCGAAGAGAAGAGACUGCGGGAUUUGGCCCAGUGGAAGCUCUGGCGAGCGGAGUCACUUGGCGCCGAGCCUGGUACAGAUGUCAAAGAUGCGGUACGAAUCAGUGUGCGACUACCAUCUGGCGAACGGAUCAUGCGCCGGUUUGCGCCCGAUGCUGAUAUCGAGGAACUUUAUGCGGUGGUGGAGUGUUACGAAGUCCUGCAGGACGAGUCUCGAUCCACUGAUGUGGAGGAGCCAGAAGGGUUCGAGCACCAGUAUGGAUUCCGCCUGGUGUCUCCUAUGCCCCGGGCUGUUUAUGCAGUGGAAGAUGGCGGGACGAUCCGCGAGAAGAUUGGCCGGGGUGGGAAUCUACUGGUGGAGCCCAUCGAAGAGGACGAUGACGAAGAGGAAGAAGAGACAUCCGAUAAUUCGGGCUAA